AUGUCGUCGACUCCGUGCCAAAAAGGCGGGAUGCGUCUCAGUGAAGCAUUGGAUAAUAUUCAACUGGCUUAUAACCCUAUAACAAAGCAACUGCAUUUUGUGAGUCCGAAAGUUGAAAAAGCUGUGAAGGACUCUGUCGACGACAUUGAUAAACUGUCUAAGAAGAGCAGUUUCAGCGAUGAGGGCAACUUUUCCAUAUCAACUUGUGAGAAAAGUGAUACAAGUGAUUCACCGAAGAGUACUUUACAGUGGGGUGGCAGUGUGACUGGUCAUCACAGAGGCAAGGAUGGCGGCUCAUUCUCGAGUACUGUGUCUAGUCUCUCAGAAUGUUCCCUUGGCUCCGGUGCCUCUAAAGAAGAUGAGGUUCCUGAAGUCCCCGCCAUUGACCAAGAACAGUCAAAAUUAAAGAAGAAAGGGCUGUCAGGAUUUUUCAGUCGGUAA